AUGACAGAAAAGAAGGAUCCCAUCAUGGAUUUUGGAUCCCUUGACAAAAAGGAAGCUCAAACCGAGGUAGUGGGUGAUAGCAGCCGUAUGGAUCCUGAAGUCGCCAAAUAUGCAUCAGGAGACAUAAUCGAGAUUGACGAUGAAACCGAUCGACGGCUCAAAAAGAAGAUAUUUUAUCGCAUCCUACCCAUCAUGACCGUGUCCUACUUUCUCCAAUCGCUUGACAAGGGAACCAUCUCAUUUUCAUCCAUCAUGAACCUCCCAGAAGACAUUGGUCUUGUAGACCAAGAGUAUGCGUGGUUAACAACAUGUAUUUACAUUGCUGUGCUUGUAUUCGAAUACCCCCUCAACUGGACCAUCCAACGUGUACCGAUAGCCAAGUUUCUCGCAUUCAAUAUUUGUGCAUGGAGUGCCGUGCUGGCAUGUCACGCAGCGUGUAACAACUUUGUGAGUCUAUUGGUGUGUCGUACAUUAUUGGGUAUCUUUGAAGCAAGCUGCCAGCCGAUUCUUGUGGUGUUGUCAGGCAUGUGGUUCCGACGUGAUGAGCAAAACCUGAUUGUCACUAUCUGGUACAUGAUGAAUGGCUUUCAACAAAUUGUGGGUGGUUUACUCGCCUAUGCCUUUACCCAUAUCACCAGUGGCCCUCUUAAAAGUUGGCAAGCGCUCUUUUUGACCUAUGGCUGCUUUUCAUUCCUCUGGGGAUUGGUGGUGCUGGUCUUCCUUCCCGAUAGCCCAAUGCGUGCAAAAUGCUAUUCAGAAGAAGAUAAAAAGCUCAUGGUCGAACGUGUACGAUCCAACCGAACAGGCUUACAAAACAAGACGUUCCGCAAAGACCAAUUUUAUGAAGCUCUUUUCAAGGAUCCUCAAAUUUGGGCCUAUGGUCUUACAGCCUUCUUUACAACAUUGCCCACUUCUGGAUUGGGAGCCUUUGCUAAUAUCAUCAUCACUGGCUUGGGUUUUAGCGUCCUUGAUACUCAGCUGCUUGCCAUGGUCCUGGGUGCAUACAUUAUGUUUUGCCUCUUGUCUUCAAGCUAUAUCACCAAACGAUGGGGCAAUACUGUGCUGGUCAUGAUUGCCUAUGUUGCACCUGCUAUCGUUGGUACGGUGGUGCUCAUGACGGUGGAAAACACUACACUAGCAACAAAGGCAGGCUUGUUGUUCAGCUAUUACAUUUGCUUGAGUUUUUGGGCUACAUCAACGCUUUCCAUCUCACUCCUCAGCCGAAAUGUUGGUGGACAAACAAAAAAGAGCGUGGCGGUUGCUAUCAAUUUCAUCUUUUGGGCAGCAGGGAAUGCAGUUGGACCCCAAGUGUUUCGAUCUCAGGAUGCACCACGAUACCUUCCAGGCUUUGCCGUGCAUUUGGUAUGCUAUGCCAUCUUGAUUGUCAUGUUGGCUUUGUUACGAUGGCACUUUAUCCGUCAAAAUAGAAAGAAGGAAAGGUUCCUCGCUGAGCGCUCGGAUGCAGUCGACGAUAAAGGCGAGCAUGGCUUUGAUGAUUUGACGGAUAUGCAAAAUCCAAACUUCUUUUACAUUUAUUGA